AUGGCUUUAGCGCUCGGGCCCGCGCCGCCGCCGCCGCCCGCGCCGCCCUCCGCGUCUGCGAGCUCGGCCGCCGGCCGCCGGCAUCCAGCGGCGGGGCGGGGACGGCGGCGCGGGGAUGCUGCGGGGACGCGGGGCUGCGGGGCGGUGGCGCUGUGGCGGGGCUGGCGGCGGCUCCUGGGCGGCCGAGGCGGCGGCGGCGGCGGCGCGCGCUCACACGUGCGGGAGGCGCCGCAGGUGGGUCGCCCGAGGAGCGGGGAGCCCUCCGGGCCUGGUCUUCGCGUCCGGGGGGACCGGGGAGCGGGGUGGGCGUGCGCGGCAGAGGCCCUUCCCGUCACCCCCGCCGGUCCCCGGCCGUCCCCGGCCUCCCAGUGCGCUCCCGGGGACCCUCGGGACCUCGGUCGGGGAUCCCCUCGCGGUCACGCUGUUUCCCCUCGCCAUCCCACUCUUAAGACACGGACUCUCAUCUGCAUGCAGAAGUGUGGUGUCCCCUCCCGCGUCCGUCGCCCCAAGUCAGCCCCCGCCCUUCGAGUGCGGAGAACUCCUCCCCCUGGGGACCACGGGGACCCCCUGGCAGGGAUCGCCUCGCGGACACCGGGUGUUUUCUCACUCCUUCUCAUCCCAAAGGCGCAGCCAUGGCCCUUCCUGCGGGCCUGGCCUGCCCCAGCUUGUCUCUGCCCUCCAGGAGCCGGGGACUUGUACCUUUGUGCAUCUGGGGACCCUCUGGUUUCGGGUACCAGUGCUUCCCGGCCCCAUCUCACCCCCCCCCAGGCGUGGAACCUUUCUCCGAGUCCAGGGUGGCGUCCCGCUCCCGUGCCUGUCCUCUCCCGGCUGCUGCCGUCCUCCUUCAGCCAGGGCCCCCACUCCGAGCGCAUCUAA